CUCACGGCAAUAAGCACCUCGCGAUGAAGAGAGCCGUCUUUGUGUCAGGGUGAGAGAGGAAGAGGAGCCGGAACCGCACCGACCCGCGCGCCUCCACGUCCUCCGAGGAGGAGAGAAGGAGUCAGGAGGAGAGAAGGAGGGAGCGCACAGGCCGCUUGAUGUCCGUCGUGGGCUCGCAGCCUUUCAUCAAACCGAUGCAGCGACCGGCCUCGGUGUCCCCGGGACUCCAGAGGAGACACACGCUGCCCGCCAGCGAGGUCCGGCCGCUCAACACGCAGGACGCCAUCAGCGUCUUUGAGAUCGAGCGGGAGGCAUUUAUCUCCGUGUCAGGUGAGUGUCCCCUCCACCUGGAUGAGGUGCGUCACUUCCUCACCUUGUGCCCGGAGCUGUCCAUGGGCUGGCUGGAGGAGGGCCGCCUGGUGGCUUUCAUCAUCGGCUCCCUCUGGGACAAGGACCGACUCACUGAGGACGCGCUGGUCCUCCACAAGCCGCGCGGCUCCACGGUCCACAUCCACAUCCUGGCGGUGCACCGCACCUUCCGGCAGCAGGGCAAAGGGCCCAUGCUGCUGUGGCGCUACCUGCAGUCCCUGCGCUGCCUGCCCAGCGUGCGCCGCGCGCUCCUCAUGUGCGAGGACGUCCUGGUGCCCUUCUACCACAAGUCUGGCUUCAAGGUGCUGGGCCGCUGCGCCAUCACCGUGGCCAACAUGACCUUCACGGAGAUGUGCUACCCGAUCAGCGGCCACGCGUACAUGCGGCGCAACAGCGAGGCCAUCCGCUUCCCGCAGCAUCACGUGACUCUGCCGCUGGCGAACACGGGGGAGCACGCGGACGCGUGACACGGCGACCGCGGAGAAGUCUUUCAUUGAGCAUAAUGGGGGGGGGGGGGGGGGGGCGUGUCAGGUGUUUUAUUGGAGCCCCUCUCAUCUCAUACUGCAUCUGUGAAAUGCUCUUAUCGUGCACAAUAAAGACCAGAAUGUACUCCACUGAAA